UUUUAUUUUUCUCCGUUGCCGCGGCUUCCCUCCGUCCAAAAGGAAUUUCGACCGCAUAAGACGGCAGUGCUCUGCUCUGCUCCUCUCCCUCGAGCUCUUCCGUUUUCUGCACCCUGGAAUGAAGGCUUAAGGGCUAGAACUCCUCUCAUAUCGAAAUCCGAUCUAGGUAUAUCAAUGGAGGCUUUUGAAGCAAUCGAUGCGUUUCUCGCGGCAGCGAGCGGAAUAUGUUGCAGUACAUUCGCUAUUUUCCUCCAGAUCCAGGGGUGCUUGAUAUGUUUAAGUCUUGCAUUAGGAUGGAGUUUUGCAGCCUUUGUUAGGAGUAGAGUAAUACGGAGAAUUAAACACAAUAUUGAGGGCGGUAACAGUUUUGGUUUUAUUUGUGAUGACAUAAAUGAUCUUGAGCACUCUGUUCAAGUAAAGUUACCAAGAGUCUCAGUUGUCAUGCCUUUGAAAGGCUUUGGAGAGCAUAAUUUACAAAACUGGAGAAGCCAGAUAACCUCUCUCUAUGGGGGUCCCUUGGAGUUUCUUUUUGUUGUUGAAAGUGUUGAUGAUCCAGCCUACCCACCUGUGUCUAUGCUUAUAUCAGAGUACAAGGAUAGUGUUAAUGCAAAGAUUGUUGUAGCGGGGCUAUCAACCACAUGCAGUCAAAAAAUUCAUAAUCAGUUAGUUGGUGUCGAAAAGAUGCACAAAGAAAGCAAAUAUGUUUUAUUUUUGGAUGAUGAUGUUAGGCUGCAUCCAGGGACAAUUGGAGCCCUGACAGCAGAAAUGGAGAAAAAUCCAGAGAUUUUCAUUCAAACAGGAUAUCCUCUUGAUCUACCAUCUGGAAGCUUGGGGAGUUAUUGCAUUUAUGAAUAUCAUAUGCCUUGUUCAAUGGGAUUUGCAACCGGUGGGAAGACCAUUUUCUUGUGGGGAGGCUGUAUGAUGAUGCACGCAGAAGAUUUCAGAAAGGAUGCAUAUGGCGUUGUCACUAAACUUCGAGAUGGAGGAUACUCAGAUGACAUGACUCUUGCUGCAAUAGCUG